AUGAGUAUAAGAAACUCAGCAGGUGUUGGCUACGGUACACACGACUGUGAAAUACAAACCCAAAGCACUGAGCUCGUUAAUAGUCAGUUUCAGUCUUCCAAUCCUAUCGAUCAAUGCACAGAUACGAGUUAUAUUCUGAACUCAUAUCCCAAAGAGCUUCAAAAAAUAUGUUGCAACAUGUUCACCACCCCUAAGUUUUGUGAAUGGUUGAAGCAUGAGUGGUUGUAUUCGAGCAUAGACAAGGAAAUAUUUCUAAGGGUUAAUGACUUUCAGCUGAUAUUGCGGGAAUACUUUCCUACCUUAAAGUCUCGAAAGUUAAGUCGAGUUCAUUGGUCAACUAUUCGACGGAUCAUAGGGAGACCACGUCGUUUCAGUGCCACGUUCCUCUCUGAAGAACGGCACUCUGUGCAAGUAAAACGUAAAAAUAUACAAUACAUACAGCACAUCAUUUUAACAAGUUCUCUUGGUCCAAUGGCGUCAGAACAUUUAGAUAAUCUUUUAUUAUGCUUGCCACCAGCAAUUCGAAUUCCCCUUCGAUUACCAGUUGGUAUUAGAGUAUGUGUUUGUCUUCACACUCCCAUGCAGGGUUUAUAUCUUGGACUGAUACAAAAUUCGUGUCCAGGUGAUGGAAAUUAUGCUGUUUGGGUUGAUGAGUUAAUUAUUUCAAAUGAUUACAUGGAAAUGAAAUCUUCCAGAUAUUACGGCUGUCAAAUUGUUCCAGAAGAAAAUGUUUUUCCUUUACCAAAUCAGUCGUUACCACCUUCUGUAACACUUUCAGAGAUUCGCAGCUAUUUUAAAGAAAAUAUAAUAAACAGUGAUGUCACUGUUUUUUCGUCUGAAUUUAAUACUAACUUCAUAAAUACCAUGAAUAAAACGGUCGAAUCAUCUAGUAAUCGUUUACAUUGUGUUGUUCAAUCCUCACCUACUUGUGGACCUUUAUUAAGUGAAAGUGUAUGUAAUGCAAAUCAUAUACAGAUGAAUAAUUCACAAGUUUCGUCAGGAGAUCUUUUAAUCCCAAAACCUAAAUUUGAUAAUCCUUCUGUAAUAACAUCACCGUGUUCAGAACAAACAUCUUCCCAGAAAACCGACCAUCAGUCUUACAAUAGAUUUCUUAUUAAUAUUAUUAAACUUCACAAGAUUUUAGAGAGAAAACGUUCAUCAAUUGAAACAUUAAAACAAUUAAAUGAUACUGCUGAAAUAAAGCUUUCAGAAAACCAGAAUAACAUCACUGUACAAUUUCAACAUACUUAUGCAAAACUCAUAUUAAAUAUAGAUAAAAUUAAUCGAGAAUUAAAACAUUAUAUGAAUCAAGUACUUCUAUACGUGUCAACUAUGGCACAAGAACAUAACAUGGUAGAAUUAAAUUCCGUUAUCGACUGGAGACGUCGCUGUGAUGAUGAAGCUCAAGAAAUAGUUAAUCGGAUGAAAGAAUUACAAACAUACAAAUUAAUUAAUGAAGACAAAUUGGAUCUUGUUGCUAAGCUUAUUUCUAUUCUCAUACAUUUAAGUAAUUUAUCUGAUCAUCGGUACAUGAAUCAAAUCCCAGCGUGUAUUGACGACAUUCUCAAAGAGAUUAAACAUGGUAUUCACCCAAAUAAUUUGAAAUGUUUUGAAUCUACAGUGGAAAAUUUCAUUGGACAAAUUAUAAAUCCAAUUACAAAUACUGUCUAUUCACGAAUGUAUCAAUAUCCUAUGAUAUCGAAUUCACAAGUUUCAGACAAUAUUUAAUAUGUUAAAUGUUAUUUCCUUUUUUUGGGGGGGGAAGGGGCUAAUUUCUCUUGUUCUAUUUAUUUUCAUGUUGAUUUUGAGUUCAUUAUUUGUUUGUUUCUUUUUAUUUUCUUUUUAAAACUAUUUAUUAUUUAAAAGGAUCAAUUUUUAAAUAGGAUACUAUCUGAUUGUGUAAUGUAUUACAUAAUGGUUAUUGUAUUUUAUUGAACAUAUGAAAUGUUUCGACAAUUAAUGGUUUUUAUGUUUUAAAGUUUUUUGUCAGUAAAGAAAUUGUAGUCAAUU